AUGUACCACGACAAGCGGUUUCAAGUGGACCCCGGUUUUCUGUUCGUGGCGUUCAGCCACCACCAAGUGAAGGCCUCCUCCACUCAAAGUUUCUUGGUUGCGCGUCGCGAGAACUUUCCGUCGGUGGCAGACCGCUUUUUAUCGUUGGAUAUGGGAGUGUUGAGAGACCUCAUUGCGCGAAUGUCCGCAAAGGAGGAUAUCAUUCCCGAGACCGAAGACGAGAAAAAGUGCUGGCGGGUCAUACAAGACCUAGAAACCGUCGCCGUCAAAGUUCAAGGGUCUGCAGCAGGUCGAAAGUGGAUGCGUACCGAGAUCUGGUCUUUGAUGGCGCACAUAGGAUCUCCAAUUUGGUACAUUACUAUCGCGCCCACCGAUAUCAAACACCCUAUUUGUUUCUAUUUGGCUGAUUUAGACCAAGAGUACCGACCCAACAUACUACCGCCAACAGAGGAUGCAGAACGAGACGCUCGCUUCCGUGCAGUGAUCAGUAAUCCUGUCGCGGGGGCACGAUUCUUCCACUUCGUAAUCCAGUCCUUCAUUAAACACGUCCUCGGCGUCAACGAGGAACCAGGACCGGGCUAUUUUGGCGAGACCAGUGGGUACUAUGGUACUGCGCCCCACGGCCGGCAGAAAUAA